AACUCCCCAGUCAGUGGCUGUGUUUCACCAGCUGCGUGUUUGUUUCACUUCGUGCCGAGCAUGGCUCACGUUCCAGCGGCUCUCUCGUUCGUCGACGUCCACCCAGCGCAGUAAAACGGAGCGGAACAUUUUUUCCCCCCAAUUUUUGGACAGGAUGAACAACAGUUUCACGAGCAUGGCGUCUAUAGGCGACUUUGACCCGCUCAACGCGUCGAUUCCCGCCACCAAAGUUGAAAUCACAGUGUCGUGCAGAAACCUGCUGGACAGAGACACGUUCUCCAAAUCGGACCCAAUCUGCGUCCUCUACACGCAAGGCAUGGGCAACAAGGAAUGGAGAGAGUUUGGGAGAACCGAGGUGAUCGACAACACGCUGAAUCCGGACUUUGUGCGGAAAUUCAUCUUGGACUACUUCUUUGAAGAGCGGCAGAACCUUCGAUUUGACUUGUACGACGUGGACUCCAAGAGCGCCAACCUCUCCAAACACGACUUUCUGGGCCAGGCCUACUGUACGUUGGGCGAGGCGGUCGGGUCUUUGGGCAGCCGCUUAGAAAAGCCUCUCGGAGGCAUUUCCGGCAAAAAAUGCGGCACCAUCAUCGUGAAAGCCGAGGAGCUGAACAAUUGCAGGGAGUCGGUUAUGAUGCAGUUUUGCGGCAACAAGUUGGACAAGAAGGAUUUUUUCGGCAAGUCGGACCCCUUCCUGGUUUUCUACAGGAGCAACGAGGACAGCACGUUCACCAUUUGCCACAAAACAGAAGUGGUGAAGAACACAUUGAACCCCGUGUGGCAGGCUUUUAAAAUCCCCGUUCGCGCCCUUUGCAACGGGGACUACGACAGAACAAUCAAGGUCGAGGUGUACGACUGGGACAGAGACGGCAGUCAUGACUUUAUUGGAGAGUUCAGCACCAGCUACAGAGAAUUAUCCAGAGGGCAGAGCCAAUUCAACGUCUACGAGGUGGUAAAUCAAAAGAAGAAAGAUAAAAAGAAAAAAUACCUCAACUCUGGAACGGUAACGCUGUUGUCAUUCCUCGUGGACAUCGACGUCACCUUCCUGGACUACAUUAAGGGAGGGACGCAGAUUAACUUCACCGUGGCCAUUGACUUCACAGCUUCCAACGGUAACCCCGCCCAGCCCACCUCACUCCACUACAUGAGCCCCUACCAGCUCAACGCCUACGCCAUGGCCCUGAAGGCGGUCGGCGAGAUCAUUCAGGACUACGACAGCGACAAGAUGUUCCCCGCGCUGGGCUUUGGUGCCAAGCUGCCGCCUGAUGGGCGGAUCUCCCACGAGUUUGCUUUGAAUGGGAACCCUCAGAACCCGUAUUGUGCAGGAAUAGAUGGCGUGAUGGAAGCCUACUACCAGAGCCUGAAGUCGGUGCAACUGUACGGACCCACCAACUUUUCCCCUGUGGUGAACCAUGUAGCCAGGUAUGCGGCGUCUGUAAAGGAUGGGUCGCAGUACUUUGUUCUUCUCAUCAUCACGGACGGCGUCAUCUCAGACAUGGCCCAGACCAAGGAGUCUAUCGUGAAUGCUUCCUGCCUGCCCAUGUCCAUCAUCAUCGUGGGGGUUGGACCUGCCGAAUUUGACGCCAUGAUUGAAUUAGAUGGUGACGAGGUCCGAAUUUCAUCCCGAGGAAGAUAUGCAGAGAGAGAUAUUGUCCAGUUUGUCCCAUUCCGAGACUACAUCGACCGGACGGGGAAUCACAUCCUGAGCAUGGCCCGCCUCGCCAAAGACGUCUUGGCUGAGAUUCCCGACCAGUUCCUCUCCUACAUGAGGACCCGCGGGAUCAAGCCGGCGCCCGCCCCGCCUCCCUACACGCCUCCGGGACAGCCCCUCCAAACACAAAUAUGAAGACAAGCAAAGCUUGUUUCUUUUUUUGAAUUUUCCAGAGUCCAUUUUUGAAGCCGCUCUCCAUGCUCGUGUGACGUGGAUCCCUGUGCUCGUUCUUCGUGUUCUGGAACAGAUGCAUGCAGAGCCAGGAGAGCGGACUGGGCCGAAGAAGCCCAAUCUGUUUACUUCCACUGUCGAGCAUUCCUAUCGCUGCCUGGAAUCUUUUAUCCUGGAAAAAAAAGCCCUGCCCCACCCUGAAAAAAAAACCACAACACUAAUUUCAGCUGUAAAUAACUAACCUCUUUGUCUCUUUUGGCCGGCAAACUAACCCACUGUUUACAGUAAGAAUUUUUACUGUUCAUACUUUUAUAUUUUUCAAUAUCAAGCUUGUGAUACUCUCUCUCUCUCUCUUUCUCUCUUUCCUGACAUGUGCGUCAGGUAGCAGCAGUGCAGGUCCUGGUAGCCCUUCUGUACCGUACUGUGCUGUACUGUACUCUACUGUACCCCUGGUGUUUAUGAACCCUUUUGCAUGAGUGUAGCCCGGACCACGUGCAUGCAUAUAGCGGCCCUGCACUACCUCUUCCAACCAAGCGUCUGUCUCGAGGUGGGUUGAGUGUGAGCGAACGUGUGCGUGCUGCGAUGCAGAGGCGUCCCCCCCCGUCGCCUCUCUGUCUGCGUCGGUCUUCCUUGGAAAGUCUCCCCCGCUCUCUGUUGCGUUUCUGUCCAUUUGUGACACGUACCGUCGUGUUUACUUUGCCUUUUUAAAGCCCAUUCACUGCCAGCCCAGUAAAAAUGAAUCUUUGACGUCUGUGACCGUCAAUGGCAGGGAAUGAGUUCAACACGACCAUACCUUUUUAGUUAAGGCCACAGUUGACCUGUUGGAUUUAUUAUGAGGAAUAUGUACUAAUAAUUAAGUAAAAUGUAUGACCGGGUCUACCCCCUAAAUGCCAUAAGAAUUUUACAAAUUUGCCUAUUUCGAAGUUAAAAAAAAAAAUUAAAAAAGUUGUAAUGGUGCAAUUACAAAUUCAGAUUCUUAAUCGAAAUUGUCAUGAGAAUAACAUGUUCUUUUCUGAGACAAAAACCGACAAUAUUUACAAAAACGAGAACAUGGUGUGUAUCUCGUUUGUUUUUCUGCCUUUCAAAAGUAACGCUGUGCGGCUUGUUAACCAAUGGAAAACUUUUUUUUUAAAAUCUUUGUGUGGAAUUUUUGCUUUUAUUUAUAUCCAUUAUUUUCUUAAUGAAUGGAAACAUAGUUGCUCUCUGUCUCUUCUCGGCCUUGGCAGUGAUGCCCACAUGCUCGGGGGUUUGUACGUACGUACGUAUAUAUGUGUGCGUGUGUUGUUGUGUCGUCUGAACAUCACAUCAAAUGUUCAACAAAGACAGCAGCUGCUCUCCAACAAAAACAUUGUUUGAGCACAAAGAGCCCAGUGGUCAAAAACGCAACGAAAAUACACAUUUUGUCUAUUGUCCCCCACCAACAAAGAAAAACAUUUUUUCUUUUCCCUUGAAUGUGAAGCGAUUGAGCAACGUAUGGACUAUGUGAAAUAUCGAUUGUCAUGAUGUGACCAAAACUAAAAAAGUAUUUAAACAUUUUUAGCUGGCAUUCUGCGAAGGAAUCCGUCCAUUGUAUGACGUUAUUGUUAUCCCGUCGGCAAUCUGAAGUACCUCAUGUAUUUCCAUUUAAAAUGAUAUCGACGUGUGCGUGCGCGCGCGACCAAGAUGCCAUAUCUUGCGAAGCAUCGCACAUCGCUCCUUAUUGUUGCAUAUCGAUGAUAAAGUUGUAGCAAACGGUGGUGAACCGCUGCCAAAUUUCCACAUGCUUUCUUCUCCUGUAGCAGUGCCAAACAUGGCUGACACACAGUAAGAGGCCUGCGUGUGUGUCCGUGUGGAUAUCGCGUGCGUGGAUUUGGUCCCCCGACCGACCGCGUUGCAGGUGUAGCUGGACACAUCAUUAGGACGGCAGGUCAGAAUAAGGGAGCUCAUUAACGGCGCUCGGCAACGCUCUUGUUUUUGAUCCGUUGCCACGGUGGUUCGGGGUGGACUUUAUUUUUACUGUCACGGGGUGGGAAGGCCACAGUGUUUAUUUUUUAUUAUUAUUAUUUUUUUUACCCGCAUGCCCGUAUGUCGACGCCGUGCUCGGUCAGUACAAGCAGACUGCAGUCAGGGCGAAGGGGAAGGGUGAUGCGUUUUUUCUCUCUAUAUAUUUUUGGGGGGUUUGUUUUGGUUAGAACAGCACUCGCCAAAGCGAAUUGGAAGCAGGAAACGGAUGAACGGAAAUUGCCAAAAAAUAAGCUAGGAAAUCCAAUUCAAUAGCUUUUCUGUUGUUCUUAAAGAAAACCGCUCAUCCUUCCGCAACCCGCCAGCGUUGGCGUACUUUUGACAUGAAUGUAGUAGUACAUCGAGACAAAUCCACAGCGCGGUUCGAGAAAUGCGAAACAAAUUCACUCCUUUUUCAAAACAAAUUAACAUAAACGGCAAAGCCUGUUCGUGUCCUUUAUGAAUCCAUACGAGUGCAACUUCUGUGUUUGUGUGUGUGUGUGUUGCCUUUCGAACCGGUGUUUGACGACACACAAAAAGACUUGUUUACUGAAAAGCUAUCCAAAUACACGAUCGUGUGCUCGUCGUAUCUUUUGAAACAAAUGUGCACUAUGUUUGCAUGUACGAUUUUACAUAAGGAUGCGCCCGUUCCUUCGGGUUCACUACAACGGUGUCUUUGGAAGUAUAUGAUAUGAAAAGUAAUUGUACAAACAUGGCCUUAACUGUUUUUUUUCUGGAAAUUGUGCGAUGCCUUCUCUGGAGAAAUGACUUUGUGUCUGUGGAUUAUUGCGUUCCGAUGUGAUUUCUUUGGACUUGUUUUUUUUAAUUAUUGAAGGAGUGGAUGUCUUUUAUUAUUAUUUUGAUUUUUUUUCUUUAACAGUGAUUCCUAAUCAGAGAAAGCAUGGCUGAACACUGAUUGUCUUAUUACAUAUGAUAGAUGACUAUUUCUGUAUUGAACUAUGGAUUUUUAAAUAAACAUUCAUAUGAAAAUCUG